AUGGAGGCUUCAUGUUUGGAAUUGGCCCUGGAAGGAGAGCGGGCGUGCAAGGCGGGGGAUUUCCCUUCCGGAGCGGCCUUCUUCGAACACGCAGUCGAGGUGGGGACGGAGGAUCUGAAGACCCUCAGCGCCAUUUACAGCCAACUGGGCAACGCCUACUUCUACCUGAAGGACUACGCCAAAGCUUUGGAGUACCAUAAGCACGAUCUCACGCUGGCCAGAACCAUCGGGGAUCGGAUCGGAGAGGGCAAAGCCAGCGGCAAUCUUGGCAACACCCUGAAAAUCCUGGGUCAGUUCGACGAAGCCUUGGUUUGUUGCCAGAGGCAUCUGGACAUUUCGCAGGAGCAAGGAGACAAG